UGAGUGUGACGUUCAUCCACUUCCUGUCGCACCAAUAUAGGGACCCGAGUGCUGAACCCACUGAGCCAGUGAUGGGGAACCAGGAUCCAGAUCAGCUGCAUGAGACAAUCCUGACUCUCACACUGGAGAUUAUCUACCUGCUGACUGGAGAGGGCUACAGUGUUACAAAGAAGUCAGGUGAUGACAUGCCCCUCCCACAGAGCUGCACUGACUGUAUGUUGGGAGGAGCCUGCAGGCACCAUGUGACCAGCCCAACGGUGGCCCCUCCCCCUGGCUCCGUCAUACAGAAGGAAAAUGCCAAGAAGAUCCUGGAACUGAUGUCCAACAUCAUCCAGCUGCUGACUGGAGAGGUUGCCAUAAGGUGUGAGGACGUCUCCCUCUAUUUCUCCUUGGAGGAGUGGCAGUAUUUAAAGGGGAACAAGAGCCGUUACAGGGAAGUGAUAAAGGAGAACUGGGAGCAGCUCCGCCCACUGGGUUGUGAAUGGGAUGUGGGGGCAGAUGUGCGCAAUGCAAAUAAACCAGACAAGACUGAGGCAGAAGAAGCAGAUUCCUGGGGAGAAGGAAACCCCCCAAACCCUGACAUUUCCCCAACUGAUCCCCAAACACUGACCAACUGUAUCUCUCAUGGGAUUAAGGAGGAAUCAUGGGAAGAGGAAGAACAUUGUGAGUGGAACACUGAUCCCCCUACAGAACAGAUCCAGGGCACAGACCCCCCUACUGACACUGUGGGCUCCCACCUGAAUAUCAGCCAAUCAGAUAAUCCUAGUGAUAUUAAGGUGCAACUGACUUCAUGGGAAGAAGGUGAAGGUUCUGAUUGGAAUAUAAGUCUGGCGACAGAAGAGUUCCAGGGGUCAGAUCCAGCUGCUGAUAUUAUGGGAUUAUCAGGAAACUUUAUGUCGGAUGGAAUGAAAGUGGAAAGAGUCUCAUGGGAGGAGUCAGAUUGUAGCACUGAUCCCCUUACAGAACAGAUACAGGGAACAGCUACUGGUAUUGAUUGUCCCAGCCCAUGUGGCAGUGUUUCAGAGCCGGGUGUCAGUGAGAGUGUCAGGCAGGAGGAGUAUAGCUGCACUGAGUGCCAUGAGUGUUUCAUUAGUAACAAAGAACUUGUGCGGCACCAGAGAACUCAGACAGGGGAGAAACCAUUUCCAUGCUCUGAGUGUGGGAAAAGCUUUACUCAUCGCUGGUAUCUGAAUGUUCAUCGCAGGAUCCACACAGCGGAGAAACCUUAUUCCUGCUCUGAAUGCGGCAAAUGCUUUGGACAUGGCUCUCUGCUCAAGGCGCAUGUUAAAUUGCACUCGGUGAAACCAUUCUCCUGCUCAGUGUGCGGCAAAUGCUUUGUGCGACAUGUGCAGCUCCUGGAUCAUUCUAGAACACACACUGAAGAGAAACCCUUCUCCUGCUCUGAAUGUGGCAAGUGCUUUACCCAACGCUCGUACCUCAAUAUCCAUCACAAGAUGCACACGGGGGAGAAACCAUUCACUUGCUCGCAGUGCGGGAAGUGCUUUGUGCUGCAGAGAGAUCUCAACACACACAUCAAAGUCCACACGGGCGUCAAGUCGCUCUCUUGUUCCGAGUGUGGCAAGUGCUUUAGGUUCCAGAGCGACCUCAAUAUCCAUUUCCGGAGUCACACAGGGGAGAAACCGUUUCCCUGCUCCCAAUGUGGGAAAUGCUUUACCCGCCGCUCGUUUCUUGUUCGCCACCAGAAAGUUCACUCGGGAGAAAUCACCUUCUCUUGUUCUUACUGCAGGAAAAGUUUCCCACAAUCCUCACUACUGGCUGAGCACCAGCAAAGCCACCUGGGCAACAAGGACUUGACCUGCUCUGUGUGUGGCAAGUGCUUUGGCUUCCACAGCCGCCUGAAUAAACACCUCAAGUCUCACACGGGGAACCAGCCGUUCUCUUGCUCUGAGUGCGGCAAAGGCUUCUGGUUCUCAAGCGAACUCAGUGCUCAUCUCAGAACUCACACGAGGUUAAGCUUCUUCUUCUCUCAGCAGUAAAGCAAAACCAAACUGUUGCUUUUGGAAGAAAGGAAGGAGGCACCGCUGCACUAGUAACAGGAACAAAUAGCCGCCCUGUAUUUAAGGACAAAAGUGACUUUUCCAGCAUUUUAAUUGCACCUUAUACCCACGCACAGUACUAAGCUCCCAUGGUGCUAAAAUGCACCCCAUUAUUUCCUUACAGUACUGCAGUGCUACAGGGGAGCAUGUAAAGUCAGGUGAGGCAAAAGGGGUGCUUGUAUGUAAAGAUAGAAGGUCUGGGCAGAAGCAGAGGUGCAGCCCAGGAGCGUAUACAGUACACAAAUAGAACAAACUGCAGGCAUAUACUUCUAUAUACUUCUGUAUGGCAGGGCCAGUAAAAAUAGGCAUUUCACACACCUACCCCAGCACCCUCUCUCCCGCCUGUACCCUAAAACAUGUGAGCCAGCCCUGCUCAGGGUACCGGCAGGAGAGAGGGUGCUGGGGUGGGGACAGCUGCAAGGCAAUCAAAGGACUAACUAAUUCACUUUUAGUAUGAUGUAAAGAAUGCUAUUCUGAGA